AUAAGAAUAAAAGAAACAGACCUGCAGGUUGUGCUAGGAAUAUACCAGUAAUUCCCAGAAACAACAGGAGCUAAUGGCAGCCGUCAAUUGGUCGAAGAUCGUUAUAGCAAGUUAGAAGUUGAACGUCAGUCCCACCCCAGAGUUGCAGACCAGGGGCAAGAGUGGACUAUAACAAGAACUCUAGACCUCCUCUUCAGCUCCUUUAUAUCAAGUUCUGCUAUUCCAGAAUAAUAAUCCUUUAUAAUGUCAGCAUCGUUGGACUCAGGGUCAGUCAAAGGAGUUUCGAAAGACGGCGAAGCACCCCUUUUCCAGGUCACCGAAAAACCUGUAAUCUGCAUCGAGCAUCCAUGUGUGGUGAAAGAUGUGGACAAGGCUAUUAGAUCGUUAGGUGGAGAGCCUGCUCUGGAGAAGUUCCUUCAUGAAGAAAGCACUCGAAAAAUCAUCGGGGCCAGUCUUCGACCAGACGACCCUCUGGCAAAGCCUCAUUUGUCCCGUGCAGUGCCUACCAAGGACAUGUUACUCCGGAUCACUGUGCCCAAGAGAACGGGGCGUAAGCGCAGACGAGGGAGCUCGGAGCCAUAUGCGUUCCAGGAUGCCGAUACAAAAUCCGUUGUCCAUUCUCAAUCCGCUAAUAAUCCGGUCAAAGACAUGCUGCGAAGCAUGCAAGAUAAUCCAGAGUCUACUGAAAUCAAAUGCAUGGGGGCAAUCCGAGAAACCCAUCGAUUUCGCCACCUCCCUGACUUCCAAUAUGCGUCCAAUACCGACAGUGUGAUGCGGAAGAUUAAAGACAGCCUCCUUACCUUCUCAUAUGCCAAAGUCAAAAGCUUCAAUCCUGACAUCGAAGUCGGCUCUCUUCCUGAGACAGACGUAGUGGGACCCCCGCCUGCAUUCAGCCAGAUGAUGAACAACUUCAACUACGGAUACGAGCAGAACCCCGAGUUGCACUCGUUCAUGGAUCCGUCGGGACGAAGAGUCACAAUCAACCUGCAGGCAUUCCGAGGAUAUAUCACCCAUGUUGUACCGUUGAAUGCUGAGCAUGUCCCGCUUUCAUCUCCCAAUCCGCUACCCCCGGAGGAUACGCUUCAUCCUUUCCUAAGGCAGUCCAUUGAUGACCUUCGUUCCGCACUCGAAGAGCGACCCAUCAUUUCGAGGAGAGUCGCGUUGAAUAUGAUCGACCAAGACGCAGGAUACUUCCAACGAUAUGCCUGGGCGUAUCUCGGAUAUGUCUUCAAAGCGGGGCCGUGGAAAGAUUCUCUAAUCAAGUUCGGACUGGACCCAAGAAAGGAUCCGAAGUACCGGAUAUACCAAAGCAUUGGAUUCACCUUCAAUUCCAAGGACAUCAACCCAGAAGGCACCGGCGUAAGCUGGCCAUGGCAAGGCGCACGACCUGGACCAGCCGCUCAGAAACCCAACGAAGAUGACCGAACCACGCAUCAAUUCGACGGCAAGACCGUGUCCCUCACCGGUAAGCGGUGGCAACUCUGCGACAUCACCGACCCCCUACUCCGCAAAAUUCUCGACACCGCCCCCAUCCUUGAAACCCCCGAUCUCAACGCCGGAGGCUUCUACCAGAACGGCACCAUCGCCGUCGUCCGCGCGAUCAUGCGCGAUAAGAUCGACACGAUCCUGGUGGGCAAGCCGCCGGACGACAAGAUCUACACCCCCUUCCUCGACUGGCCGGCCCGCAUCGACGAUAGCACCUUGGUGCAAACCCAGCUUCCCGUGAGCGUCACCGAGAAGCAGGCGUACCUUGCGGCACGCAUCCGUGGGUUGGCGACGACGAUUAGCAAGGUGCCAGCUACGGUUCGAGAACAGGGGGCGGUGGCACAUGCGCACCGCAAUGUUGAUCCGGAGACUUUGCAGUCGAGGGACAUGAAUGAGGAGGUUUAUGAGGAGAUGAUGAGCGAUGAGGAGGAGGGAGACAUCGAGCAGCAGAGACGGGGUUCUGGGGAAGAAUCUGAUUCUGAGUAACAAAGCAACAGGAGCGAG